CCUCCCCUCCCCUCCCCUUCCUAUUCCCCUCCCCUCCCCGCCCCCCGGCCGGUCUCGCUUUGCGGCAGCGCCGACGUCCCCACCCCCUUUCUCUGCGGAAUCACCAUGGCGGCCGGGACCCUGUACACGUACCCCGAAAACUGGCGGGCCUUCAAGGCCCUCAUUGCUGCACAGUACAGUGGGGCCCAGAUCCGCGUGCUGUCCGCACCUCCCCACUUCCACUUUGGUCAGACCAACCGCACCCCCGAAUUCCUCCGGAAAUUUCCCGCUGGCAAGGUUCCGGCAUUUGAGGGUGAUGAUGGGUUCUGUGUGUUUGAAAGCAACGCCAUCGCGCACUAUGUGAGCAAUGAAGACCUUCGAGGUUCUAGCCCAGAGGCAGCUGCCCAGGUGAUCCAGUGGGUGAGCUUUGCCGACAGUGACAUUGUUCCUCCGGCCAGUACCUGGGUGUUCCCCACCCUUGGCAUCAUGCACUACAACAAGCAGGCCACGGAGAACGCGAAAGACGAGGUGAGGCGAGUGCUGGGGCUCCUGGACGCCCACCUGAAGACUCGGACUUUCCUGGUGGGGGAGCGAGUGACUCUGGCUGACAUCACGGUUGUGUGCACCCUGUUGUGGCUGUAUAAGCAGGUCCUGGAGCCGUCGUUCCGGCAGGCCUUUCCCAACACCAACCGCUGGUUCCUCACCUGCAUUCACCAGCCCCAGUUCCGGGCGAUCUUGGGAGAGGUGAAGCUCUGUGAGAAAAUGGCCCAGUUCGAUGCUAAAAAGUUUGCUGAGAGUCAGCCUAAGAAGGAGGCCCCCCGAAAAGAGAAGGGACAACGAGAGGAGAAGCAGAAGGCCCAGGCGGAGCGGAAGGAAGAGAAGAAGGCGCCCGCCACCCCCGGCCCUGAGGAGGAGAUGGACGAGUGCGAGCAGGCGCUGGCUGCGGAGCCCAAGGCCAAGGAUCCCUUCGCCCACCUGCCCAAGAGCACCUUUAUAUUGGAUGAGUUUAAGCGGAAGUACUCCAACGAGGACACCGCCACGGUGGCCCUGCCCUACUUCUGGGAGCACUUCGACCGCGACGGCUGGUCCCUGUGGUACGCCGAGUACCGCUUCCCCCAGGAGCUCAGCCAGACCUUCAUGAGCUGCAACCUCAUCACCGGGAUGUUCCAGCGCCUGGACAAGCUGAGGAAGAACGCCUUUGCCAGCGUCAUCCUUUUUGGCACCAACAAUAGCAGCUCCAUUUCUGGAGUCUGGGUCUUCCGGGGCCAGGAGCUCGCCUUCCCGCUCAGUCCAGACUGGCAGGUGGAUUAUGAGUCCUACACGUGGCGUAAGCUGGACCCUGGCAGUGAGGAGGCCCAGACGAUGGUCCGAGAGUACUUUUCCUGGGAGGGGGCCUUCCAGCACGUGGGCAAACCCUUCAAUCAGGGCAAGAUCUUCAAGUGAACCUCCUCCCCUGCUACCACCUAGCUGCCUGCUUCCUCCUCUGCAGGAGGUGCCCAUCAUCAUUAAACAAAAGUGAACACAAA